AUGGCACACUUCGUUGAAAUUUUGAUGGCUCUUGGACUUGGAUACAUACAGCAGAAGAUUAGCGGCUGGGAAACAGAGGCCUAUCAUAAGUAUUUGUACAUUUUGCCUUCGUCAGAUAAUCCUUCGAAAUUUUAUGGAGGGCCUUUCGAGACAUGCCGACAUCGACAUUUGCCCGCCGUUCUCGCCAUGGGCCCGGCUUUCUACCGCCUUUCUAUGUUUGCUGGCGGUCAGAAAUGCCAGAAAAUUCCCGAAGCCCUGAUCAAGCUGUACGGCUCCAAAACGCAAAGCCUAGACCUCAGCUACAACGAUUUGGCAAGCCUGAAGGGCCUGGAAGGGUUCUUUGAAUUGAAGGAGCUCAUUUUGGACAACAACCAACUGACAGAUUCGCUGGUACUGCCCUACAUGCCGCAAUUGCACACGAUAUCGCUGAAUAAAAAUAAGACUCAUUCUCAAGAUGAAUUCACCUAUACGGCGGGAUCUAUCAUGUAUUGCUGA